AAACAAACUUGUUCCGGCGGUUUUCGCUAGUCGUCAUUUUCUAUAAAAGUUUUCAAGUUGCAGUGGUCGCGGCAGCACGGAAUAAGAUAGUCGUGUGCACAUCCACGCGUUCGUAUCAUAGAAUACACCGACGUAUUCAGUGGAUCGGUGUGAAUAUUUACAUUUCAAGCGUGUGAUGAAUUUUUAACAUAACCUCAAUUUUUGUAUACAAAACAAUUAUUUUUGUAUAUAGCAUAUUAUUUAUUUUUGAGUGAUCGAUUAUUUAGUGUGCAGUAGUUAUUAAUAUAAAAAGUCACUCAUUACUUUCUGCUCCUCACCAGCAGCUGCUGUAGUGGGUUAAUCAAAAAUAAACCUCUUGUACUACCAACCAAGGCGUGGAUAAAUAUGGAAGUGCUGUCGUCGUCCAAACUUGCCUUAACAAUUCUUUCAGUAUUAUGUUUAUGUCAACAUACUCUUAGUACAAUAAGUGUAUCAACCCAUGAUGCAAGGAUAAAACUACAUGAUACGUUUUUAAUUGAGAUUACAGUACCAGCUGGUGAUGUCAAACAUAACGAUGAGACGAUAUCAUUAAUAUCACAACACAAUGAUAUUAUCAAUCCUAAUAUGUCGGAAAUUGUGUUACUAAACAUAAAUGAGGACGAAAUCUUUCCAAUAAAUAUAAUAACAUCACGUGCUGGACAUUCUGAUUUAUAUGCUAAUGCUUCAUCUAACGAGACCGACGUAAGCGACGUAUUCGUUCGGUUUACUGUGUACAAAAAGGAUGGAUUGGAUACAUUCUCGGCUGUUAUAGGUUGGAUAUAUUUCGUUGCUUGGUCUGUUUCGUUUUAUCCGCAAAUAUAUAUCAACUGGAAAAGGAAAAGUGUUGUUGGUUUGAACUUCGAUUUUAUUGCUUUGAACGUGGUUGGAUUUUCCCUAUAUUCUCUCUUCAAUUUGGGGUUGUACUACAUUCCAGAAAUUAGGGAUGAAUAUGCCCAUAGGUAUCCUCGAGGCUUAAAUCCAGUAAAAGUAAAUGAUAUUGUUUUUGCUGUUCAUGCGUUUAUAGCAACAAUAUUGACAAUCAUACAGUGUUUCAUUUACGAAAGAGAAGAUCAAAGAGUGUCUACAACUGCCAGGGGAAUUUUAGGGAUAUUUGGAGUUUUCAUCUUAAUCAGUAUUAUCUUGUCAGCUUGCAACGUUAUUCACUGGUUGGAUCUGUUGUAUUAUUGCUCUUACGUUAAGUUAACUAUAACUCUCAUUAAGUAUAUACCACAGGCCUACAUGAACUACAAACGAAAAAGUACCAUUGGAUGGAGUAUAGGAAAUAUAUUUCUAGAUUUUACUGGAGGUACCUUGAGCAUGUUACAAAUGAUGGUCGAUGCCUACAAUUAUGAUGACUGGGUCUCAAUAUUCGGCGAUCCAACCAAAUUUGGACUAGGAUUAUUCAGCGUAGUUUUUGACAUAUUCUUCAUCGUCCAACAUUACAUACUCUACAGACAUUCAAGAUAUGAUGUGGACUUGCCUUAAUUUUGAUAUUAAAAUAGUUUAAGUAUGUACAAAGGAUAUUACACUUAUAAAUUUAUUUAUUACUGUUAUAUAUUGAAAAAUGUAACUUUUUUAAAAGAUUUUUAUUACUAAGAUACUUGAUAUCUACCGAUAUUGAUAUUAAAUCUUUGUUUUUAUU